AUGUUUCAGGUUUUCGCCACAUUCAAUUCCGAAGCAGUUAUUCUAAGAAAACCGUCUACUCCUCCUGUAACUUUGAAUGAUAAGCCUUUGAAUGAUGUGACUUUGUACACAGCGGUGUUAGAAUUCCUACGUCCGAUAUCUCUUCUCUACCAUGCAGUCACACUUGUACCACCACCGGAAGCUUUGAAAGACCCGUCUGUUCAUGAAUUUGAGCCGCUGUGUCGCUAUCUGGGCUUCGCGCCAAGUGUUGCUGGUUUCCUGACUGAUUCUUGCGUUGAAACACUCUUUGCUUCGUAA